AUGAGCUUGGCUCUCCCGACCGGUACGGAGCUCAGAGUGGCCCAAGUCUUUUUGCUCGUAAGUGCUGUGUGUGUGUGUGGCAGCGUUGGGAAAUGGGAGGAAGUGGAGAGAGGGCCGGUGACAGUUUCACCAUGUGCUAUGAGCCAUCUGGUGUUUGCCUGGCAGUGGCAGCCCUCUCUGCCGUCUUCUCGUUGCUGGCCGGCUGUGCUUCUUCUUGAGUGGCAGAGUGGCUUGAUCGAUUCCUUGUUUCUUCUUGUUUGGAGAAACAGCACCACCACCAGGAGGCACUGCGACAAAUGGAGAGACGGGGAGAGCGUGUGA